AGAGGAGGAGGUGCUGGAUUUGAGGAGCGAGCUGCCGCCGCCGCUUGUUUUCGCUCCGAGCCGUCCGGUCCGAGCUCCGCCGCCCUUCACCUCCUCAGAGCGGGACUCCAGCGCGCGACUGUCGGCCUCCAGGACUUGGUGACGUAGCAUCAACCCGCCGGCCUGCGUGUGUCCGAGUGUGUGUAAGUGUGUGUGAGCGUGAGUGAGUGUGUGUGUGUGUGUGGGCGGUCCCGUCUCUGACAGCAGCAGGAGGAAGGACUCGCCUUGUGGGCGGAGUCACGGCGAGCUCGCGAUGACGUCAGUAGCGGCGGAGCUCGACCACAUGGAGAUCCAGCAGCAGUACAACGAGGGCGUCAACAACCGCUGGGACGCCGACGACUGGGACAACGAGAACAGCUCCGCCCGGCUCUUCGAACGGUCCCGCAUCAAGGCCCUCGCAGAUGAACGGGAGGCGGUGCAGAAGAAGACCUUCACCAAAUGGGUGAACUCCCACCUGUCCAGAGUGUCCUGCAGGAUCACCGACCUCUACAUGGACCUGAGGGACGGCCGGAUGCUCAUCAAGCUGCUGGAGGUCCUGUCAGGGGAGAGACUGCCUAAACCCACGAAGGGCCGCAUGCGGAUCCACUGCCUGGAGAACGUGGACAAAGCCCUGCAGUUCCUGAAGGAGCAGCGGGUCCACCUGGAGAACAUGGGCUCCCACGACAUCGUGGACGGGAACCACCGCCUGACGCUGGGCCUCAUCUGGACCAUCAUCCUCCGCUUCCAGAUCCAGGACAUCAGCGUGGAGACGGAGGACAACAAGGAGAAGAAGUCCGCCAAAGACGCCCUGCUGCUGUGGUGCCAGAUGAAGACGGCGGGAUAUCCAAACGUGAACAUCCAUAACUUCACCACCAGUUGGAGAGAUGGAAUGGCCUUCAACGCUCUCAUCCACAAACACAGGCCGGACCUGAUCGACUUUGACAAGCUGAAGAAAUCAAACGCCCACUACAACCUGCAGAACGCCUUCAACCUGGCGGAGCAGCACCUGGGCCUGACCAAGCUGCUGGACCCUGAAGACAUCAGCGUGGACCACCCGGAUGAGAAGUCCAUCAUCACCUACGUGGUGACCUACUACCACUACUUCUCCAAGAUGAAGGCGCUGAAGGUGGAGGGCAAGAGGAUCGGAAAGGUGCUGGACAACGCCAUCGAGACGGAGAAGAUGAUCGAGAAGUACGAGUCGCUGGCGUCCGACCUGCUGGAGUGGAUCGAGCAGACCAUCAUCAUCCUCAACAACCGCAAGUUCGCCAACUCGCUGGUGGGCGUCCAGCAGCAGCUGCAGGCCUUCAACACGUACCGCACCGUGGAAAAGCCCCCCAAGUUCACAGAAAAAGGGAACCUGGAGGUUCUCCUCUUCACCAUUCAGAGUAAAAUGCGAGCCAACAAUCAGAAGGUUUACACCCCGCGAGAAGGAAAGCUCAUCUCAGACAUCAACAAGGCGUGGGAGCGUCUGGAGAAGGCGGAGCACGAGCGGGAGCUGGCUCUGAGGACGGAGCUGAUCCGGCAGGAGAAGCUGGAGCAGCUCGCCCGCCGCUUCGACCGCAAGGCGGCCAUGAGGGAGACGUGGCUGAGCGAGAACCAGAGGCUGGUCUCCCAGGAUAACUUUGGAUUUGACCUCCAGGCCGUUGAAGCGGCCACUAAGAAGCACGAGGCCAUCGAGACGGACAUCGCUGCGUACGAGGAGCGAGUUCAGGCGGUGGUUGCCGUGGCGAAGGAGCUGGAGGCGGAGAGCUACCACGACAUCAAGCGCAUCACGGCGAGGAAGGACAACGUGAUCCGGCUGUGGGAGUACCUGCUGGAGCUGCUGAAGGCCCGCCGGCUGAGGCUGGAGCUCAACCUGGGCCUGCAGAGGGUCUUCCAGGAGAUGCUCUACAUCAUGGACUGGAUGGACGAGAUGAAGAUGCUGCUGCUCUCUCAGGAUUAUGGGAAACACCUCCUCGGGGUGGAGGACCUGCUGCAGAAACACGCUCUGGUGGAGGCCGACAUCUCCAUCCAGGCCGACCGCGUCAAGAACGUCAACAGCAACGCCCAGAAGUUCGCUAUCGACUCUGAAGGCUAUAAGCCCUGCGACCCUCAGGUCAUCCGGGACCGCGUGGCCCACAUGGAGUUCUGCUACCAGGAGCUCAGCCAGCUGGCGGCCGAGCGGAGAGCCCGUCUGGAGGAGUCGCGCCGCCUCUGGAAGUUCUUCUGGGAGAUGGCCGAGGAGGAGGGCUGGAUCAGGGAGAAGGAACAGAUCCUGUCCUCCGAGGAUUGUGGGAAGGACCUGACGGGCGCGCUGCGCCUGCUGAGUCAGCACAAAGCCUUUGAAGACGAGAUGAGCGGGCGCGCCGCCCACCUGCAGCAGACCAUCCGGCAGGGCGAGCAGCUCGUCGCCGACAACCACUUCGGGGCCGACAAGAUCAAGGAGCGGAUCCAGGACAUCCAGGAGCAGUGGGCCGCCCUGGAGCGUCUGUCGGCCGUCAGGAAGUCCCGCCUGCAGGAGGCCUGCAACCAGCACCAGUUCCAGGCGGACGCCGACGACAUCGACACGUGGAUGCUGGACGUGCUGCGCAUCGUCUCCAGCGUGGACGUCGGCCACGACGAGUUCUCCACCCAGGCGCUGGUGAAGAAGCACAAAGACGUGGCGGAGGAGAUCUCCAGCUACCGGCCCGUCAUCGAGGCGCUGCACGAGCAGUCGCGCACGCUGCCGCCCGAGAAGGCCGACUCCGAGGAGGUGCGGAGCCGGCUGGCCGGCAUCGAGGAGCGCUACAAGGAGGUGGCGGAGCUGACCCGGCUCCGCAAGCAGGCGCUGCAGGACGCGCUGGCGCUCUACAAGAUGCUGAGCGAGGCCAACGCCUGCCAGGUCUGGAUCGACGAGAAGGAGCAGUGGCUCAACAGCAUGGAGAUCCCCGAGAAGCUGGAGGACCUGGAGGUGGUCCAGCACCGGUUCGAGAGUCUGGAGCCGGAGAUGAACAACCAGGCGUCCCGCGUCGCCGUGGUCAACCAGGUCGCCCGGCAGCUGAUCCACAGCGGACAUCCCAGCGAGAAGGAGAUCAAAGCCCAGCAGGACAAGCUCAACACCAGGUGGAGUCAGUUCAGAGACCUGGUGGACCAGAAGAAAGACAGCCUGAACUCGGCCCUGGGGGUCCAGAAUUACCACCUGGAGUGCAACGAGACCAAGUCCUGGAUCAAAGAGAAGACCAAGGUCAUCGAGUCCACCCAGGAGCUGGGGAACGACCUGGCCGGGGUCAUGGCGCUGCAGAGGAAGCUGACGGGGAUGGAGCGCGACCUGGCCGCCAUCGAGGACAAGCUGGGAGACCUGGGAAAGGAGGCGGAGCGCCUGGGCUCCGAUCACCCGGAGCAGUCCGACGCCAUCCGAGGCGGGCUGGCCGAGAUCACCGUGGUGUGGGACGAGAUGAAGGACACCUUGAAGAACCGCGAGGAGAGCCUGGGCGAGGCCAGCAAGCUGCAGCAGUUCCUGCGGGACCUGGACGACUUCCAGUCCUGGCUGUCGCGCACGCAGACCGCCAUCGCCUCCGAGGACAUGCCCAACACGCUGGCCGAGGCCGAGAAGCUGCUGGCCCAGCACGAGGGCAUCAAGAACGAGAUCCGCAACUACGAGGAGGACUACCAGAAGAUGCGGGACAUGGGCGAGAUGGUGACGCAGGGCCAGACGGACGCGCAGUACAUGUUCCUGCGGCAGCGGCUGCAGGCGCUCGACACCGGCUGGAAUGAGCUGCACAAGAUGUGGGAGAACCGGCAGAACCUGCUGUCCCAGUCUCACGCCUACCAGCUGUUCCUGAGGGACACCAAGCAGGCCGAGGCCUUCCUCAACAACCAGGAGUACGUCCUGGCCCACACCGAGAUGCCCACCACCCUGGAGGGCGCCGAGGCCGCCAUCAAGAAGCAGGAGGACUUCAUGACCACCAUGGACGCCAACGAGGAGAAGAUCAGCGGCGUGGUGGACACGGGACGCCGCCUGGUGGCCGACGGCAACGUCAACGCCGAGCGCAUCCAGGAGAAGGUGGACUCCAUCGACCAGAGACACAAGAAGAACCGGGCGGCUGCCAGCGACCUGCUGAGCCGGCUGAAGGACAACCGGGACCUGCAGAAGUUCCUGCAGGACUGCCAGGAGCUGUCCCUCUGGAUCAACGAGAAGAUGCUGACCGCUCAGGACAUGUCGUACGACGAGGCCAGAAACCUCCACAGCAAGUGGCUGAAACAUCAGGCGUUCAUGGCCGAGCUGCAGUCCAACAAGGAGUGGCUGGACAAGAUCGACAAGGACGGUCAGGCUCUGAUGGCGGAGAAGCCAGAGACGGAGGCCAUGGCGAAAGAGAAGCUGGCGUCGCUGAAGACCAUGUGGCAGGACCUGGAGUCCACCACGCAGACCAAAGCCAAGUGUCUGUUCGACGCCAACAAGGCGGAGCUGUUCACGCAGAGCUGCGCCGACCUGGACAAGUGGCUGGCCGGCCUGGAGGGACAGCUGCAGUCCGACGACUACGGCAAGGACCUGACGUCCGUCAACAUCCUGCUGAAGAAGCAGCAGAUGCUGGAGAGCCAGGUGGAGGUGCGUCAGAAGGAGGUGGAGGAGCUGCAGACGCAGUCGCAGGCCCUCAGCCAGGAGGGGAAGGGCUCGGAGGAGGUGGACGGCCAGAGGAGGAGCGUGGAGAGCAAGUUCCAGUCGCUGCAGGCGCCGCUGCAGAAGAGGAGAGACAACCUGAUGGCGUCCCGGGAAAUCCACCAGUUCAACCGGGACGUGGAGGACGAGAUCCUGUGGGUGGAGGAGAGGAUGCCUCUGGCCACAUCCACAGACCACGGACACAACCUGCAAACUGUGCAGCUGCUCAUCAAGAAGAACCAGACCCUGCAGAAGGAGAUCCAGGGCCACCAGCCUCGUUUCGACGACAUCUUCGAGCGCGGCAAGCACGUGCUGCGUGACGGGAGUCCGACGGGCGAGCCGCUGCGCCAGCGCCUGUCGGAGCUGCAGGCGCUGUGGGAGCAGAUCCGCAAGGAGACGGAGAAGCGCCACGCCCGGCUCAGCGAGGCCCACGAGGCGCAGCAGUACUACUUCGACGCCGCCGAGGCCGAGGCCUGGAUGAGCGAGCAGGAGCUGUACAUGAUGUCUGAGGAGAAGGCCAAGGACGAGCAGAGCUCGGUGGCCAUGCUGAAGAAGCACCAGAUCCUGGAGCAGGCGGUGGAAGACUACGCCGACACCGUCCACCAGCUGUCCAGCACCAGCCGAGGCCUGGUGGCUGCAGGGCACCCCGACAGCGAGCGAAUCGGCAUGCGUCAGUCUCAGGUGGACAAGCUGUACGCCGGGCUGAAGGAUCUGUCCGAGGAGCGCCGCGGGAAACUGGACGAGCGCUUCCGCCUCUUCCAGCUCAACCGAGAGGUGGACGACCUGGAGCAGUGGAUCGCCGAGCGGGAGGUGGUGGCUGGAUCGCAUGAGCUGGGGCAGGACUACGAGCACGUGACCAUGCUGCAGGAGCGCUUCAGAGAGUUCGCCCGGGACACGGGGAACAUCGGGCAGGAGCGCGUGGACGCCGUCAACCGGCUCGCCGACGACCUGAUCAACUCGGGUCACGGCGACGCCGCCACCAUCGCGGAGUGGAAGGACGGGCUGAACGAGGCCUGGGCCGACCUGCUGGAGCUCAUCGACACGCGCACACAGAUCCUGGCCGCCUCCUACGAGCUGCACAAGUUCUACCACGACGCCAAGGAGAUCCUCAACCGCAUCCUGGACAAACACAAGAAGCUCCCCGAGGAGCUGGGCCGCGACCAGAACACGGUGGAGACGCUGCAGAGGAUGCACACCACCUUCGAACACGACAUCCAGGCCCUGGGCACGCAGGUGCGGCAGCUUCAGGAGGACGCCGUGCGUCUGCAGUCGGCGUACGCCGGAGACAAAGCCGACGACAUCCAGAAGAGGGAGGGCGAGAAGAGAAAGGGAGAGGUGCUGGAGGCCUGGAAGAGCCUGCUGGAGGCGGUGGAGGGCCGGCGGGUCAAACUCCUCGACACCGGAGACAAGUUCCGCUUCUUCAGCCUGGUGAGGGACCUGCUGCUGUGGAUGGAGGACGUGAUCCGGCUCAUCGAGGCCCAGGAGAAGCCCAGAGAUGUGUCCUCCGUGGAGCUUCUCAUGAACAACCACCAGGGCAUCAAAGCAGAGAUCGACGCUCGGAACGACAGCUUCACUUCGUGCAUCGAGCUGGGAAAAGCUCUGCUGGCUCGCAAACACUACGCUUCAGAGGAGAUUAAGGAAAAGUUGCUUCAGUUGACGGACAAGAGGAAAGAGAUGAUUGACAAGUGGGAGGACAGAUGGGAGUGGCUGCGGCUGGUGCUGGAGGUGCACCAGUUCUCGCGGGACGCCGGCGUGGCCGAGGCCUGGCUGCUGGGCCAGGAGCCCUACCUGUCCAGCAGGGAGAUCGGCCAGAGCGUGGACGAGGUGGAGAAGCUCAUCAAACGCCACGAGGCCUUCGAGAAGUCCGCCGCCACCUGGGAGGAGAGAUUCGCCGCGCUGGAGAGGCUGACCACGAUGGAGUUAUUGGAAGUGAGAAGAAGGCAAGAGGAAGAAGAGAGGAGGAGACAACCCCCACCUGCCGAGGCUCAGUCUGCAGACGCUGUAGCUCAGCAGAGGGAGGGCGAGCCGCUGUCUCAGAACGGGCUGCCGUCCGAUCAGGAGUCUCCUCGGGAGAACGUGGAGGGGGGCGAUGUGGUGAACGGGGUGUCUGAGCCCAGCCCCUCGGGGUCUCCCGGGGCGGCCCGCAGGGGCAAACCCAGCCAGGCAGCGACGCUGCCGGCCAAGACGGCGCCGGACGCCCCGGCGUCGCAGCUGGAGGGCUUCCUGCACCGCAAGCACGAGUGGGAGGGGCACAACAAGAAGGCCUCCAACAGGUCCUGGCACCACGUCUACUGCGUGAUCAACCAGCAGGAGCUGGGAUUCUACAAGGAGCAGAAGCAGGCGGCGCAGGGCGUGCCGUACCACGGAGAGAUCCCCGUCAGCCUGAAGGACGCCGCCUGCGAGGUGGCCGUGGACUACAAGAAGAAGAAGCACGUCUUCAAGCUGAAGAUCACAGAUGGAAACGAGUAUCUGUUCCAGGCCAAAGACGACGAGGAGAUGAACACUUGGAUCUCCACCAUCUCUGCGGCCGUGUCGGGGGAGAAGCUGGACGUGACGCCGAGCGGUCACAGCACGCCGGCUCCGGCCGCCGCCGCCGCCGCUCGCGCUCAGACGCUGCCGGCCUCCGUCACCACGACGACCGCCGAGUCCAGCCCGGGGAAACGGGAGAAGGACAAGGAGAAACGCUUCAGUCUGUUCAGCAAGAAGAAAUAGACGCUCCUCUCCUCCUCUUCCUCCUCUUCCUCCCCUCCUCCCUUCCUCCUCCUCCUUCUUCAUCCUUCCUGCUGUUUGGGGUCUGAUCCAUCAUAGAACUUCUGAAGUAUUUAACCUUAAUAACUCACUUUCUGUGCAGUUUUAACAUUUAACCCUUCAGUAUCCAGGCUCCCAUCCCAAACAGCAUCUCCCUCCCGCCCUCCCUCCCUCCCUCCCUUCUCCUCCCCCUCCUCGUCCUCCUUCUCCUCCCCCUCCUCCUUCUCCUCCUCCUCCUCCUCCUCCUCCUCCUCCUCCUCUCUAAGCGUGACUCCAGCAUGCUGAGCUCCGAGCCAAAACUCUCCACUCUGUGCCUAACGCCCGUCUGGUCCGGCUCAGAGCGACCGAACUCCACCUGGAUCCUCCACCCAGAGGGAGAACGAAGGGUUAAUCAAGUCUUAACAAACGGUUAAAGAGGAGUUAAUGAAGGUUUAAUUAAUGCUUAAUGAAGAAUAAUAAAGACUUAACUAAGAGUAAAGUAAGGUUGACUAACUGAGGGUUAAUGAAGGUUUAGUUACGGGUUAAUUAAGAAUGAACUAAGCCUUCUUAAAGAGUUAUGAGGUUGUUAAUGAAGGGUUAAUAAGGACUUAAUAGCGGCGUAAUAAAGCGUGAAUGAAGUUUUAAUAAAUACUUAAUGAGUAGUUGAAGACUUAACGAGUCAGCUGAAGCUCACAGGCAGAGUUUACAGCUCCGGUUGUAGAGGAGUUUCCCAGAAGCCCCCUCUUCUGUUUGUCUUUCUACUUCCUGUGUUUGGCUUCGUCCUGUCGGACCCCCGGCGCUCCUGCCCCCCCUCCCCUGCCUCCCCCUCCCCCCCUGUCCCCCCUUUGCCCCUGCGGGGCAGCUGUGUCUCUGCUGGCGGGGGGUCCAGCUCUCAGCGGGUAAUCCUCCCCGGUUCCUCCGCUCCGUGUUUUUUAACGGGCGCACCGAGUCGGUCUGCAAUAACCCCCGAGAGGGCAGGGAGGGGCGGGGAGGGGCAGGGCGGGGCAGGAAGGGGGAGCGUUACCCUGCGGUGCUUUCGACUGUAUGUAGAACUUGUGUAUAACAAACUGUUACAGAUUAAAACCUGUGUUUAAUUUCACCUGUUAUUAUGAAGACUAAUCCCGAGCGUCACCUGCAGACCAGACCAGAGGCUUUUUCUACGUUUCCCCUUCAUGUUUCUGUUCCGUUCCUUGAGUUAGUCCGCCAGAGUCCAGAGACGUAGAUGUGCUGAUAUUACCCAGAAAAACUUUAAAAACUACAAAAAAAGCAGAUGUAUCUUUGACGUGGACGGGCCGGUUUGUACAAAUCAGAGCUUUUACUGGAAGUGUUGCAGAACUACGGUCGCUUGCUUUUUGGCUUCAGCUUCACGUUUUUUCAUCUCAUUUUGUUCUUUUAAACAUUCCAGAAUAUUUUACAGCUGAAUUCACCUCCCGGUGGAAAACAACCCUUCAUCCCCAAGCAGAAUGUUUCCAGAAAGACAGAAUCACAAUUUAAAAUAAGAUAAAACAAAAAAAAAAAACAAAAAAAAAAAAAAACAAGUGAAAAUAAAGUGUUUAAAAAAAAAAAAGGCAGAGAGGAAAAGAAAACGUAAUAAAGCAAAACAUUUUGGAAAUAAUCAGCAAAAAAACAAAAAAAGCUUAAAACUGAAAAACUGUCAGUUGAAUCAAAUAUUCACAGCUGUAAAGAGGGUGCGUUUGUUUUCUCACAGCCUAUAGAAGGGUGUGUUUGUUUCCCUCACAGCCUCCGCCGGGAGUGUUUCCUUCUGUGAAAUGUUUCCGUUUCUUUCCAGUUCUUUUCUUCCUUUGUGCUUCUUUCUCUGAUCGAUAUAGUGUGCAUCCCUCUGUCACUGUAACCAUAGUAACCAGAUAUUUCUUCAUACUGCACAAUCGAUAAUGCCACGAUGUGGGGUGGGUGGGGCUUGUGGGCGGGGCUUUGUAGUGUGACGUGGUCCAGAGGUCAAAGGGGGUCACCGCUAGUUGGACUGCACCUGUAGACUUCUUCCCCCAUCUCUGUUGAAAACCUGCAGAAAGCCAUUAAAAUGCUUUUAAAAAC